GAACUAAUUCCUUUCGAAAUAGAAUAGGCCCCAGAGUAAUCGAGAAAUAAAUAAGUCGUCACACGGACAAUUAUCUAAAUUUUUGGAUUAAUUGGUACAACCGAGAAGAAACAGAAUCAUUCCGAUCUAGUAACAACAUUGGGGGGUAACAAACGACAAGAACUGAAUCACUGAAAAAUGCUACCUCAAAACAAUAAUCCACGUACAAUUUACAUAAACCCUAACUUCAAGGGUAGGCUACAACAACCAGAUUUACAAUAUGUGGUACCCUCGUCCGUCAAUGCACCGCAAGCGCAACACAUACCAGCAAGUGCUCACAUAAAUCCUUUGUUUUUGGAACGUGCCCAAAGGCCCACUAUACAUAUGAAUCCAAGAUUUCUAAUGAAACUGCAGGAUCAAAAUUCAAUGAUUGCGGAUGCUUCAAUGUCCUCUGCAAAAGUUCUCGCUUAUCCAGUUACAUCGGCUUCAGCUACCUUGCUUCCUACCUAUCCAGUUGCAGACACAACAAGUAGUUGCGUCAUAUCAAAUAGGGGACUCACAGAGGGUGGUAAAACAAACUCCCUUUCAACGAAUUCUGAUAAGGCGAUUUCUGCUGCGCGUGUUCCUGCUUCCACAGCUGUCAUCCCAAAAACUGCUCCCACAGAAGUUCGUAAAAUAAUUUGUAAAUCCAAAAACCGUCUAAUUCGUGAACCCCUAACUGCGCCCCAGAAAUUGUUACAAAUUAAAGCAAUUCCAAUUGUCCCACCACAACCUAUUGUGCACGUUACCAAACGUAAACUCAUACGGAAAUCAGCCAUUCAACAGACCAAAAUUACAAAACAAACAGUAGUAAAACCCGAUCCUUCAGCUAUUCGAGGAUCAUCAAUCAAAACCAAAUAUAAACUGGACAAUAGAGUCGUUAAAAGGAAACUCCCACCUGCUGCUUUUGCCUCUGUGUUUAAAAUAAAACGCAAAUCUUUUGUGGGCCGAUUUGCUCUGAGAAGAACUUCAACAAGUUCAGCUCAGAGCACAAACACUUGGAAGAAAUUUGGCACAACCACCGCCAAGUCUUCAACGACGCCAAGUGUAAACAAAAAACUCCAGUUACUGAAUAUAAAUGGAUUAUUGUAUAAAUCGACUCGAAACUCCUUAAAACUCAAAGACUUGACAAAUAAUAGUUCAAAUUUAGAAAAUAAAUCCAAGAAACCCACAACUACAGCUUCCGACACCAAACCAUCUCAAGGACUGACAAUAUUUGUACGUGGCACCAAAUAUAUUAUGGACCCUCAGAAAUACAAACUUACACGAGUUACUGCUGCUACUGAUGGUAAAGAAGAUGGAGCCAUGAGUCGUAACAAGGCUGGUCCCACGUGUCGUCGUAUUGAUAUAGGUGGUUUUACCUAUAUUUCAACACCAUCCAAAAAUAAUGUUUUGAUACGGACCCGUAACCAUUUGGCUCGAGCCUAUGUGAAUAAUGCCAAACAGAAGAGUUUGCAAAUUUUGAGUAAACAUUUGAUCAAAUCUAAUGUCCCCUGUCCCAUAUAUCAACGUGUGGGAAAAUGUGCCGCCCACGAGAGGGGAAAAUGCCUUAAGGUGCACAACAAACAACAGGUGGCGAUUUGUUCCAAAUUUCUCCGUGGUGAAUGUUUAAACUCCAAGUGCCUGCUCUCCCACGAGGUUUCGUUGUCUAAAAUGCCGGUGUGUAAAUUCUACAUGCAGGGGGUGUGUGUACGCAAUGAUUGCCCGUAUCUACACAAAAAACUGAGUGACAAUGCCGAAGUGUGUAUUGACUUCCUUAGGGGUUAUUGCAAAUUGGCCGACAAGUGCAAUAAACGACAUGAAUUUGUUUGCCCCGAACAUGAACGUACGGGUGUGUGUACUAUUAAGAAUUGUGUCUAUUGCAAGAGCAAACAGAAAAGAGAAAAAUAUUUACAAAAACAGGCGGAGAUUUCGUCAACAAAGUCAUCCAGAAAUGUGACACAAGAAAAAAUUCCACCACCAUCCACAGUUUCUGAUGAACAGCAGGAAAAAGUUUUGGGAGUUUCUGGUGUACGUUAUUUCAUAGGAACUAGCCGGGAAGGGGAGGCAAAUGAAUGUAAAGAAAAAGAAGAGAAGGAGGUAAUUUCAGAUCAACCCGUAGCACCCGAAGAAACCGACAAAACGCCUGAAGAUACACCAAAGAAACGUCCAAAAUUGGGAGCAUUACCAGCGUAUAUACCAUUAUGAUUACUGCAACUACGAAUGUGACAUGAGGAUAUUCAAUCAACAGGUACAUUUAUAUACAUUUCUUGUACACUUUAUGUAUUUCUCCUUUAUAGGAAAAUGUAAACUAUACAUAUGACAAUUUUUAAGUUUUUUUAAUAUUAUUAAGAUAUUUCCCCUAUUUUUAGAAAAGAA